AUGGAAUCCGAAUACACUACCAAGUUAUCAUUUUCUCCAUCAGAUAACGACUCUUUGGACGAGGAGGAUGAAUAUCAGCUGGAGUUGCAAGAAGACGAGAGGCAGCACAGGGGAACUGAUGACUUGGAAAUCGAAGUAGGCGAGCGUAAGGGCAAGCACGUCAAGGGUCGCACAUCAUCUUCUACUGUUGAUGCGUCUUCAGUCGUCAUUUCCCAGUCGUGUUCGCCAAGUCCUAUUUAUGGUCCCCACGACAAGAUCAUCAAAGUCGAAGAGCCGCAAGUUCAAGGAGAGGAAGAGGACCAGACUCAACAUGGCCCUUCGAAUGCCGACGAUGAUGAUGAGGAUUGUAAACACGGUCAAAGGCGUGAGCGAGUAAAGGGAGUCGUGAAAGCGUGCAAGGACAAUCGGCCUGGGUCUCCUUCAUCGUCAUCCAUCCUCGUCAGCGACACAUCGGCUACUGGCAGAAGAGGUAGCGGCAACCGUCCUGUUCGUGACACUCCCAAGACCUUCCGUUACCUCAGUCCAUGCGAUCGUGGCCAUCGAUAUCAUGACCUCGAUGCCGAGCCCACGAAGAACAACAGCAAAGAUGAAGCCGUCCACAACUUUCAGGACGAUUUGUUGUUUAUGGCUGGUAUCACUGCGCAUCCUCGUAGGUUUGGCUCUGAAAGACACGUCGACAGAUCCGAUGUGAGGGGCCCCAACGCUGACAGCAGCCCGCGCUCAAACCACGUCGGCGAUCCACGCGGUAUCAAGAGAAGACGUGAAUCCCCCCAUUCCAACGACAACCACGACAAUCGAUACUACCAGAGCAGGACCGACCAUCUCAACAACGAGAAUGAGGGCGCCCUCGGUCGAAAUGGUCUCUUCACUGAGCGGUUCUUGCGAACCAGCGACCUUAUUAAGAACAGCAGCAAUACUACACUCAAUCGAUUCACGCGGGAUGAGAAUACAUCUCGACGUUCGAGCGGGUACCAGCAAAGGGAGCCCAGCAGCAUUAAUUGCAGCCAGUAUGCAAACAGCUUCGCCGAGCCCUCCGCUUCACUGCUGCCCCACUUAGAACAGCAGCGUCUUGAUUUGAUGCUACCUCUUGAUCCGCCGUUUUCCUCUUCAAUGGGAUAUACCAUCUCUCCGAAUGUGCUCAUCCAGUUCGCAGCCUGGGAAGUUGAUUCUCUUUCGAAGCAGCUCUUGGAUGAACGUCAGCUCCGUUGGCGUACUGAGGAACAGUUGGACAUUACCCAGAGACAGUUGAGCCACUUGACGAGAGGUUAUAAGGAGCUCCAGAUGCGUUCGGAGCGCGCCCAACGCCAGAUCAAGGACAAGGGCGGUGCAUGA